CUAUGCUGUGCGCUAGACAUUGGAGUUUAAAAGUUACUAUUACAUUUGAAGUAUUAUCAAGUAAUAAAAUAGAUUUCGUUAUAUUAAUUAUGUACAUAUUAGAAAAAGAAAUGAUUAUAGUUAUGUUAUAAUAAUGACAAUAUCAAUGAAGGAACAAGAGCAUUUGCCUGGGGAGAUGGUAUUCCCCGAGGCAAAACUAAAGGCAUUAGAAGAAAAAAUCUCACAUCCUCGAUGGGUAGUACCUGUUCUACCAGAGCAGGAGUUAGAGGCGUUACUUAAUGCUGCUACAGAAUUAGCAACCAAAGGUGAAGAUGUAAACAAUCUGCUUUGUCAGCGGUUCUAUAAUGAUGCGCUAACAUUAUCGUUUACAAAAAUUCUAACUGACGAUGCGGUUUCAUCCUGGAAGAAUAACAUACAGCAAUGUGUGCGUUCCAACUGUGAGAAACUUGUUAAAUUGUGUGCCAUGAAAUUGGAUGAUCCUAGAUUUUUGAAUCUCCUGUCAAUGGCAUUUAAUCCUAAUAAUAAGUUUCACACUUUCAAUGCAUCUAGGACUUCUGAAGGAUUGACAAUUUCAACUGUGUCUGCCACGGGGCAAGGGUCAAAUCAGGAAACUGAGGUUUUUGCCAGAUCUCAGGACCACAGAACACCCAAGGGAUGGCUGGUCCAUCUCAUUAAUAUAUUUGGUCAGGCAGGUGGAUUUGUAAAAUUAAGGGAAAGGUUUGAAGCUAUUAUGGGAUUCAAAAAAUCAGAAUUAACAACAUCUGUAAGUUCCGAGGAGAAAGUCACAAAUGAAAUAAUAGAAAAAGAAAGUGAAGAUCCAAAAGUUGAUACCACCGAUAGCAUUAUUAGUAGCACGGACAAUAUGGAGGGUUCAAUUUCCUCGAGGUCUGAUCAGCCAUCUUCCCUAGAGAUGUCAACAACAGGAGAAACCCGUGUAGCUGCUGUGUGGCAACUCUUACGGCCUCUGGGGCUGUGCCAUGAUCUUCUAACACCUCACACUGUUACAAUUUAUCUUCUACCAGUUUUGGAAUGUAUUCCAACAUUGUUAGAGAGUUUAACUGAUGACGAAUUAAAACGCGAAGCACGCGGUAGUGAGAAUAAGACUGACACAGUUUCUUGUCUGAUCAGAGCAUGUAAAUGUGUUUCUGUCAAGACUCCACAUCACCAUAGUCUACUUAAAUCACUAGAAAUGUUUCGAUUGAAAAUGAUUUUACGAUUGCUUCAAAUGUCGUCGUUCAAUGGAAAGAUGUCAGCGUUAAAUGAAAUAAACCAACUUAUAAGUACGAUCGCUCAGCAACCAAAACCAGAAUGGCUUACACCAACUGUUAUAACAACUUGGAUUAGAGAAAACGGUGUGGUGGAUAUUGUUUUACGCGAUUCACUUCAUCAACCGCAGUAUGUAGAAAGAUUAGAAAAAAUGCUAAGAUUUAUGAUAAAAGAGAACUCUUUAACGCGAGAAGACUUGGACGCGAUAUGGAAGGCUCAACAUGGGAAGCACGAGGCAAUCGUAAAAAAUGUACAUGAUUUAUUAGCGAAACUCGCUUGGGAUUUCACACCAGAUCAAUUAGAUCAUCUCUUUGACUGUUUUAAGGCUAGUUGGUCAACGUCCAGUAAGAAGCAAAGCGACAAGUUAAUAGAAGUAAUAAGGAGGCUGGCUGAAGAUGACAAAGAUGGCGUAAUGGCGAAUAAAGUAUUAGUUCUGUUUUGGAAUUUGGCGCAUUCUGACGAAGUAUGCACAGAAAUAAUGGAUUUAACACUUGCGAAUUUCAUUAAAAUACUCGAUUAUAGUUGUAGUCAAGACCGUGAUGCGCAGAAAACAAUUUGGCUAGACAAAUGUGUAGAAGAGUUGAAGAGCAACGAGACAUGGGUAUUACCGGCGCUAAAGAUGAUGCGUGAGAUAUGUUGUCUGUACGAGUCGGGCGGCGGCGCUGGAGUACGGCCGCACGUCACGCGACAAGAGCUCAUAGACAGGCUGCAAACACAACACUCCCUUGUCAUAUUGGUUACCGACUCGUUGACGCAUUACAUGGACACGGUGCGGGCGAAAUUAACGGAAGAGAGUGAAAUUGACUGGGAAAAUUGGUUACCUGAUGGCAGAUAUCCCCACGCGGCACAAGUACACGAGCGACUAAGUUUUUUACGGUUUUUGUUGAAAGAUGGCCAGUUGUGGCUUUGUGCUGAACAGGCCAAACAAAUAUGGGUAUGUCUGGCAGAAAAACCAGCUCAUAUUGGAGAUCGUGAAGCGUGCUUUCGAUGGUUCAGUAAAUUAAUGGGUGAAGAACCAGAUUUGGAUCCAAAUAUUAAUUUGCAUUUUUUUCGACGUAACAUUAUGACCUUACCUCCAAACCUACUAACUCAUUCAGGAAUCAAAUGUUUUGAAAGGUUUUUCAAGGCAGUUAACUCGAAAGAAGGAAAACUUAAAGUUAAGAGGCGUGGCUUUCUUCUUAACGACCCUGAUCUCAUAGGAUUAGAUUAUUUAUGGAGGGUUAUAACGGAGUGCGAGGACGACAUAUCGGCGCGCGGCAUCGAGCUGCUGCGCGAGACGUGCACGUGCACGGGCGCCGCGCUGCCGCCCGCGCACCAGCACGAGGCGUUCCUCACGCAGUGCUGCGCGCGCACGCAGCGCCUGCAGAAGGACAUGGAGACUAGUGACGACGGGACUGAGAGUUGUACAAAGAUGUGUAGAGUAAUUCGUGCCAUACAAGAAUAUAUAAACGAAUGUGAUAGAAGGUUCUCGGCGGAUCGUCAGAUACUGCCGAUUUACAGGUCGGGCAGGGGACGGCAGUGUACUAUAAUAGUCAGAUUUAAUUUUCAAACAGGCCAAAGACAAAUCGAUGAUAUUGAAUUAUUUUCACAUUCUAAUGAAACUCUUCACUCAUUGCGCGUGGCUGUUCAGAGAAGGUUAAAGUGUACAUCAGAGAGCAGUAUCAAACUGGAAAUGUAUAUAAAUAAGUUAGAAUUGUAUGUGAAUGGUGAACUUUUGGAUUCAAGUCACGACAGGAAAAUACUUUCACAAAUCCCACUCAGAGACAAGACUAUUCUUGUUGCCAAGGUGUAUGACGGUCAAGUAUGCGGCAGUGGUGGAUGUGGCUCGUCCAACGAGUCGAGCAGCGACUCGAGCGCCACCUCUCCACCGGUGCCGCCGACACCGGAACACGCUUUGCCUGGUGUGAUUUUUUCACAAGGCUCUUGGUAUUUACCGUUUAUAUUGGAAUUAGAGCAUGUCGGUAUUACCAAAGGACACAUCCCACUAACGGAGGCUGCACAUCUUCUUUCGCAAAUAUGUCCACCGCAUAAGUUAACAGUAGAGAAGUUAACAGAAGCAUUACUGUGUAGAGAUGAUUCCAAAUUAAAGGAUAUGCUGUACGGGCCAGCGCCACCCGCCGUUGCUUAUAACAUUGAGGUUUUAUACAGUAUGGUGAUGCCGUCAUCAGACACCAGAUUGGAGCGUAAUCGCAGCUUUCAACUAGCUUGUGUAAAAAAAGCUCCCCUCUUGGUACAAUGUUUGUCUGACAAUGAGUUUCUGAAGGGCGCCGCACCACAUACGCGCAGAGUUGGGUACUUAGCACUAGUGAGGCUAGCAAAAUUAGCUUUAUACACACUGGGACAUCUUUUUGAAAUUCUCGCUCCUGAUGGGUCUGAUACCUCAGUUGAUAAGGAAUUUAGAAUGGACGUCACAAUAUUGCGAGAAGCAUUACAGUCUGUACCAAACCACAACUGCGAAAUAAUCGUCAAGGCUAUUGCAGAGAAAUUAGCAAACACACUUGGAGAGCAGAUGGUGACAAGUGGUGAAGAUAGUGAAUCAGUGUCCUCGCUAGUGUGGUGGCGCGUGCCAACAGCAGCCACAGUGCGAUCUCUCUACGCACUUACCUACUCUGUGGCCCAACCCUCAGAAAUUUCAGGCUUAGUGCAUUCGGAUGAUGUUACAUUGGUUCGAGAGUGUAUGGAGGUGGUUACAAUUUGCAUGGCUCUUGGCGGAGGACAUCUUGAAGAUCUAUUACACGAGUCUUGGUGGCAGGAUACUGCUUUGUAUUUGAUGAUAGACUGCCCCAGCGCUCAGGUGCGCGUGUCGUCCGCGGAGCAGCUGCUGUCGAUGUGCGCGUGGGGCGGCGGCGGCGGCGCGCGCUGCGCCCUGGCCGCGCUGGGCGGGGCGGGCGGCGCCGCCACGCUGCCGCGCCUCGCCGCGCACUCGCGCCACGCGCACCAGUUCCUGCAGCUGCUGUGCCGGCUCGUCGCGCUCGCCGGGCCCACGGCCAGGACGCUGGACGAUCUGGCCACUGAGGUUGCUUGGUUACGCGCUGUUCGCACAAAUCCCGAAGCCCUUGAAGACACUUUACUGGAGGGACAUUUGAAUCUCACCAAAGAGCUCUUUACACAUGUGCCAGCUCAAGUUAAAUUUCAAUAUGGUGCACACCCUGACCAUAAAGAUGCAGGUUUAAUCAAGGAAGUGGCAACAGAGUUCCUCUGGCCGUACUCGUGGGCGUGGUGCCGCAUGUCGGAGGGCGGCGAGCGCGGCGCGAGCGGCCCCAGCACGAGCGAGGACGUGCCCACGCCGCUGUGCCGCACGCCCGGCUCCGUGGCCGCCGCCGCCGACCUGCUGCUGGCGCUCGUGCACGGCUGCGUGCCCAACAUGGCCGCGCUCGCCAACCUGCUGCACCUCAUGUUCUAUAGCGAUAAAAAUAUGCCGCUAUCCGAAUGGGAAUACAUGCCGUGCGUGGGCCCACGUCCAGGCGCUGGUCUUGUUGGGCUGAAGAAUGCGGGUGCCACCUGUUAUAUGAACUCGGUGUUGCAGCAGCUGUACUGCGUGCGCGCAGUACGAGAUGCACUUCUCACUGUGCAAGGCGCCGCUACAGAUCCAAAUGAAGAUUUUUCUGGAGAAAUACAUCACCACAACAUUAUAGAAAAUAAUACAGAGAAUAGCGGCGACUACAACAUCACCAUAUUAAAGCAAGUGCAAGCGAUAUUUGCGCAUUUACAUUACAGUAAACUUCAGUAUUAUGUUCCUCGGGGAUUAUGGGCACACUUCAGAUUGCAAGGCGAACCUGUGAAUUUACGUGAACAACAAGACGCAGUGGAAUUUUUUAUGUCGCUAGUAGAGUCUCUAGAUGAAGCGCUUAAAUCUUUAGGUCAAGAACAAUUAAUGGCCAAAACUAUGGGAGGAACAUAUUCCGACCAGAAGAUAUGUAAAGGGUGCCCACACAGGUAUUGUAAGGAAGAGCCAUUCAGCGUAGUAUCUUUAGACAUAAGGAAUAUGUCGCGGUUACAGGAGUCGUUAGAGGCAUAUGUACGCGGCGAAUUAUUAGAAGGCGCAGAUGCCUAUUAUUGUGAUAAGUGUAGCAAAAAGGUGGUAACAGUGAAAAGAUUAUGUUUAAAUAAACUGCCUCCAGUUCUAGUCAUACAACUUAAAAGAUUUGAAUACGAUUUUGAAAAAGUCUGUGCAAUAAAAUUUAAUGAUUACUUUGAAUUUCCGCGCGAGUUGGACGUGGAACCCUAUACAGCGUGGGGUCUAGCACGUGCGGAAGGCGAAGGAGCUCUUUGGGAAGGAAGUGAGAAUUGCGAGAAAGAUCCGCGGUACACUCAGUACGAGUUGAGCGGGAUCGUCGUACACUCCGGGCAGGCUUCCGGGGGACAUUAUUACUCUUAUGUAUUAUUGAGGGACACGGGUUCUAUGGGUCGCUGGGUGAAGCUGGACGACGGUGACGUGGCCGAGUGCGCUAUGCACGAUGAUGACGAGAUGAAGGCGCAGUGCUUUGGCGGCGAAUAUAUGGGAGAGGUAUUUGAUUCAACUAUAAAGCGGAUAUCUUACAAGCGCCAGAAAAGGUGGUGGAAUGCUUACAUGUUAUUUUAUACGCGAAAGGACACGAUAGAUACGUCUCUAGAACAAACUAUGAGAAAUAUGACUCUCAAGGAAAGUGCCAUACCGAGACCUAUUUGGAAUUCCGUUCGUAGAAGCAACAUUGCAUUCUGUCACAAUCAAGAUCAGUUUAGUUUAGAACAUUUUAAUUUCAUGAAGAAAUUAUGUUUCAUGAGGUUACAAGUUCACCCUGGAUCGCAAAGUGCUGUUUGGGGCCAAGAACACGAAGAAAUGUCAAUGUUAGCUGUUCAGAUGGCUACAAAGUUUUUGUUCCAAGUUGGUUUUCACACAAAGAAAACUUUACGUGGUCCAGCGACCGACUGGCACGACAUUCUUUGCCAGCAUUUAAGAUGUUCUCAAAGUGUGAGAGCGUGGUUUGCAUCAGAUCUCUUUAAACAUCCACAUAGGUUAUGUGAUUAUUUACUCUCGUGUCCUUCGGGUGAUGUUAGGAUAGUAUUUAUGAAAAUCAUAGUAUUUUUGGCACAUUUCUCAGUUCAAGAUCCACCAGUGAGCAACGGAUACGGCACGUGGUGCGGCCGCGAGGAGGCGACGUGCCUGUCGGACCAGGUGCUGUGCAGCGCGCGCGCGCUGGCGGCGCCGCACCACGACGCGCACGCGCACCGCCACCUGCCGCUGCUGUUCAACCUGUUCCACGCGUACGCGAUGCUCGGCGCGCACGAGAAGUACCAGCUGCUCCGGCUCAAAGUUUUGGAUAUCGUGCUGUCGGUGUGUAUGGAUGAAUCCUAUGCAGCACUUGGAAAAUAUCAGUAUCCAGAGUCGGCUAAAAUACAUCAGGUGGUGUGCGCAUUAGUGCGGUGUUGCGACGUGAGCGCGCGGUGCCAGUCGGCAGGCGCGGCGGAGGGCGCGGCCCCGCUGCCCAAUCCAUUCGCGGAGCCACCGCCCACGCAUGGCCCGCGGCCACAGCUCACCGCCACCGCUGCUGACCUGCUCUACAAUAGGACUGGUACUUACAUGAAGAAGCUGACGGAGGAGUGCUGCGGGUGCGAGGAAGGCAUCCGGCUGAUCCAGUUCCUGUGCUGGGAGCACGCGGGCUGGUCGCGCGCCGCGCUGGCGGAGCUGCUGUGGCAGAUGGCCUGCGCGUACUGCCACGAGCUGCGCAGGCACUGCGACGCGCUCACCGCGCUGCUGCUCAUGGAGGACAGCUGGCAGCAGCACCGCUUGCACAACGCUAUCAAGGGCGUGUCAGAAGAGCGGCCGGGUCUGCUGGAAACGGGUCUGCGCGCACGCAGCCACUACCAAAAGCGCACAUAUGCGUGCGUGAAGCUGCUGGUGGGCGUGAUGUGCCGCGCGCCGAUCGCCGUGCGCGCCGUGCACACGCAUUCUGAGGCGCGACGUCGCUGGAGGCAGCUGCUCGCAUGGCUGCAGGAUGAGCUUGAUCGCUAUGGUUCUGGGUACGGUUCGUACGGGACGUGGUCGCCUCCAGGAACUUCAAACGAAACAUCCAGUGGAUACUUCCUUGAACGCAGUAAUUCGGCAAGGAAAACUUUAGAAAAGGCGUACCAGCUGUGCCCCGAGGAGGAGGAGGAGGACGAGGAGGGGCGCGAGACGGGCGAGGGCUCCGGGUCGGGCGAGGCGGGCGACAGCGCGGACGACGACGAGCCGCCCGACGACGACGAGCCGCCGCGCCGCCUGCACCUCGCGCCGCCCGCGCCCCCCGCGCCGCCGCCGCCCCGCGACCCCGCGCCGCUCUGAGCGCGCCGCCACGAGCUGCGACCAGUGGCGUGCGUCCACGCGAUACAGUCGAUUGAUUCUAACUGAAUAAUGUGUAGAGUUCGCGCCCAACUACCAUCGAUAUUUGUUCGCGUUGUUUCUUGCUAAGCGUCUAAGAAACGGAUUGCGUAGGCGCGAUACGAACGACUGAUACUGGCUGUCAGUCGAACAGCACGUAGAUAAGUUCGCAUUGUCGCUUGGACGCGCCCAAGUGAUGGAUUGUGUCCGCGCAUACAAUCAGCCGCUACUGACUACACUUCGAUUAUAACUGUUGGCUUUCGAUUCAGCGUGGACGCAACGACAUCACGCUAAUGUAUUUAUCACCUUGCUUCAGUGCACCGUAUAAACGUAUUUUGUAUACUCGUUUUGUUGUUCACUUGGGUGCUUCCGAGUGCAAGAAGAGACUAGUCCCGCGCUGUUGAUAUGUUAACCUUGAAUACAUAGGCGUAAUAAUAAAUCCAAUCUUAGUCUAUGCGCCCUAUGAGUUGUCCAAAUCCAAAGUGAUUAGAAUACUUUUUAUGGUUGAACACUCAAUAGAUAUUUUGGUUUAUUGUUAUUUAAAUUACGAAAACUAUGAUAAAAUUAUUGUAAAUUUUAACGUUCGGUACUUAACAUAAUAUGGUGCCAUUUCACUUGAAACAAAGUCCGAAAAUUGCACCAACCUGUGUAUUAAAGUAUAUUAUAUCAACAGCUUUGAACCUAUUUAUUGUUUUGCGUCUCCCGCUUAGCCGUAGUUUUGUUUAGCGAUGCGCAAUUGCGAGACAUUUCGUAAAAAGUAACCGCCUAUACAAAAAAAAAAAAAAAAAUUACAUACAAUCGCUAAUUUCGUCGAUCAUUUUAGAAAUUUCUUUAAAAUAG